AUGAUUAUCCCGCUUAUAGCAGAGGCAAUAUUCAAUGGCAUAUCUUUUGAUAUUGACUACUGGAAUAUUCUAAAGAUCGUCGCACUCGUUGCGGUCAUUGUGUUGGUGAAGCUGUACUGUCGGGGGGCAACAAACCUCGCGGAACGACAGCUGCAUUCGAAAGUAGUGAUAGUAACGGGAGGUACAACCGGUAUUGGUGCUGAGACGACACUCGGUCUGGCCCAGCGAGGCGCUCAAAUCGUUCUCCUCACCCGCCAGCCGGCAUCAGAUCCCUUUAUUGUCGACUACAUCGAAGACCUCCGAACGCGCACAAACAACGAGUUAAUAUAUGCGGAGCAAGUUGACCUUGCCUCGACCCACAGUAUACGAAAGUUUGCCACGAAAUGGAUUGACAAUGCGCCGCCUCGGCGACUUGACAUGAUCGUCCUCUGUGCCGCCAGCCAAACACCUCCAGGAAAACCAAUGGCUCUGACGAAUGAAGGAAUCGAAGAGACAUGGAUGGUCAACUAUCUGGCUAAUUUCCAUCUGUUGAGUAUCUUGAGCCCUGCGAUACGAGCACAGCCUCCGGACAGAGACGUGCGGAUUCUCUUCACAACUUGCUCGAGUUAUAUCUCAUCCCCGGUGUUGGAAGAUGGAGAAGAAGCCCUUGACGCCAAAAAGUGGAGCCCAGGGAAGGCCUAUGCGCGAAGCAAGCUGGCCCUGAUGGUAUUUGGCCAGGCAUUCCAGAAGCAUCUGGAUGCAUACAAACGCCCAGACGGCCUUCCCAUGAAUGCUCGUGUCGUAUUCGUUGACCCUGGAUAUUCACGGACUUCUGGAAUGCGACGUUGGUUAAGUAGGGGCACAUUGUGGGGGCUGGCACUCUAUGUGCUCCUGUGGCACCAAGCCUGGCUUUUCUUGAAGAGUGCCGAGCAAGGAGCGCAGAGUUUACUGUAUGCAGCUAUGGAUGUGACUUUGGGGAGGGGCAACGGAGGCAAGUUAAUCAAAGAGUGUAUAGAAGUCGAUUUGGCGAGGAAAGAUGUUAGGGAUGAAGAGACUGCGAAAAAGCUUUGGCAAGCGAGCGAGAAGCUGAUUGAGCGAGUCGAGAGAGAAGAGGCAGUUAAGAGAGCAUUAAAGAAGAAGGAGAUGGCUGAGCAAGAGGUUGCGCAAGAGGAUGUUGGAAAAGGGUCUGGCACCGAUGCAGGAAAUGUGGCGGAGAAGACGGCGUCAGGGAACAAAAAGUCCAAAUCGAAGAAGAGCAAGAAGGCCGCUGCAUGA